GAUUUAGGAGCAAAAUGCAAUGUAGUGCUUUAUUGAUUUUCAUUGAUCCCCACAGGAGAAUUUCUUUUCGAUUUCCUCCCUCCACCUUUAGGUGAUAGCACCGAGUCAGAUACAAAACAGCCAUGUCUCACUCAAGGACGUGUUAGCAGGAUGGAUGCUUGCUGUAAAAUUAAAGGAUCUGAUGACUGUACAGCUGUGCCAACGCUGUGCCUGAAGCUCGUCAAUGAUUUUCCUGGUGAAAUCAUCGGCCAUGUGUUUUGUUACGGCUCCAUCUUGCGAGCUGGAAAGCUAAACUUUGCUUGUUGCUUCUUUUUAUAGCCAGUACGAGGCAAUAAAUUCAGUUAGUGAGCGGUGCUUUUGCUACAAGCGUAUCUGAGCUAACCUACAACCAACACGCAGCACUCCUGUCUGCAGCCCGGGGGUAUACUUAUGUGUGUGACCGCCUCGUGACGCCUGAUUUCCGGGGAGACGUGCAGCAAUGGACCGCAGCUCUGCUAAGCUGGAGCACUAUAAAGCCGCCAUGUUGCUGAGUGGCGUCGGUGAUGCUGUUGGAUACAGGAACCAGCUGUGGGAGUACAAUGAGUCUGGACCAGCCAUUCACCAGGAGCUGAAAGAACUCGGUGGUCUGAAGAACAUUAAGGCUGAGCUUCCUGACUGGCCAGUGAGCGAUGACACCGUCCUGCAUCUGGCGACGGCUGAAGCACUGACCACUGGGAAGAAAGGGGAGGAGCUCCUGCAUGAAGUGGCUGCUCGAUAUGUGGAGGGGAUGAAAGACAUGGAUGGGAGAAAGCCAGGGCCUUCAAGCAUUCUGGGAGUGUCCCAGUUGAAGCCAGGAGAGGAAGGGGGCUAUAGAGUCCCCUAUAACCCUGAAGGGACGGGCUGUGGAGCAGCCAUGAGAUCCAUGUGCAUUGGCCUGAGGUAUCCAAAGCCUGACCAACUGUUGUCCCUGGUGGCGGUUGCCGUGGAGACCGGCAGGAUGACCCAUCCUCACCCCACUGGUUUCCUGGGAGCCGUAGCGUCUGCCCUUUUCACUGCGUACGCCGCCCAGCGCAGGCCAAUCACGACUUGGGGUCUGGGCUUGAUCAACGAGGCCUGUCCAAUAGCAAAGAACUUUGUUCAGGGUCGAGGCUUCGCUGUGGAGGAGACGGAGAGAGACUGGAAUUACUUCUGUGACAAGUGGCAGUGGUACUUGGAUUUAAGAGGCAUCUCCAACGGAGUGGGUCCUGCGAUUUGGCCCUCCUCCUACGGCCCAGCUGAGAGAGAUGAAGUCUACAAGAGCUUCAGCUUGUCGGGCUGGGCGGGACGCAGUGGCCACGAUGCUCCGAUGAUAGCCCUCGAUGCUCUGCUUGGGGCGGGGGCGGAUUGGGAGGAGCUGAUGAACCGAGCGGCCUUCCAUGGAGGUGACAGUGACAGCACAGCGGUGAUUGCCUGCUGCUGCUGGGGUCUUCUCUACGGCAUCCAGGGGGUCCCUGAGGGCAACUACUCCAACCUGGAGUACCGGGACCGACUGGAGCGAUGCGCCGAGGAGCUCUACGCCCUGUCCCACUGAGAAGGCCGCCACAGUUGGCUGCUCUAACAGAUUAUGUUCCAAAAUGAGGGCAAACUGGCCACACACUGACAUUUUGACAUAGAGCUAGCUUAUCGAUCUAGAGCACUGUCACUGAACCUCUAAGUGCAGUGUCAUAGUGAAAGGGAAGCAGUGUCCCACUAACCCAGAAGACAUUUCUGUUACUAGGCAGCAUGUCUCAGAAUAUUGGCACUGAGGCUGGCCUAUAAAGAGGGGUCCCCCUAGUAGACAGUUUUAAAUUAAUAUGCAGAAAUAUACCACUGAGCAAACUAAUUCAAGCUAAUGAGUACACCAAGCGAGAACACAAAAGCCCCCCCAGGAGGUGAUUACUAGGUUUUGUCAGCCUGACAAAAGCAAAUGCUUCACAAGCUUCAAAUUAAAUGUGCUCAUAUUAUUGUCUAAUUGUGUGGAUGCUGAGUCAGCAAGCAAGCAUCUUUGCUGACUGACAAGCAAAAGAGGGGGCUAUUUGUAAGCCACAGUUCCUUCAUUUUAUGAAAUAUCUUCACAGAGAAGUGAUUAAUCUGUUUGUUGAAGCUUCCUGCCACUCACAGUGAGAUGAUUUUAUUUGAUUGAUUUGAGUGAUUUUAUUUUUUUUUAAUAGGACUUAGUUUUUAUUCUUUUGUCCAUUUUGUGAAGUCCAUGUUUCACUGAAAUGUGCUGGACUGUUGCUCGAACUGCUGAGUGACCUGCUCCUUUUGGUCGCCCUUUUCUCCCCUUCUCUCUCUCUCUCUCUCCCCCCCUCUACCUGACAUGCAGUCAGUCAGUAUUUGUGUUACCUGAGUGUCUUGUGUCCAUGAUACAUGUCCUCACCUGCUACUACUGCAGUAUCCCUGUCAGUACUAGCCCAUUCAGUACUUCUACCCUCAUUUCAGGUACUUCUGACAGUACUACUAUGUUGUAAUACUAUGAACUUGUAAUGUUAAUAAUAAUAAACAGAUUGACCAUCUUGGUAGCAUGAGUCC